GCACUGUUCUUCUGCCGUUAUCAAUAAUACUUAUUGCCUCCUUAAUUCUUUCUCAGUAUGCGACUUAAUUACUCUCACAUUCCCCUCUGCUCCAUGCCAUGUUCUUGAAUUUCCCUCGAUUUUUUUCUUCGCUCCACACGAAAGCCGCAUUUGCUUAUAGCAGCCUCCCACUUUACUCUCCUCUCGCUGCUGCUUGUCCCUUUCCCUCGGUGGGGGUUGGCAUCUGACCCAAGCAAAGCGUCGGUUCUCGCAAUUCCUGCUCCUUUUUUUGGUUCAAUCUGUGGGCGAGAUCUGAUACAAAGGUGGUGGGAAACCAAGGAGGAGCUUGUGGAGCUCUUGUGUGGAGUUCUUCAGCAAUGAGGCCCGACGCGCGGCUGGAUGCGGCGGUGUUCCAGCUCACCCCGACCAGGACCAGGUUUGAUUUGGUUCUGAUAGUGAAUGGCCGGAAGGAGAAGAUAGCCUCCGGCUUGCUAAAGCCGUUCCUGGCACACCUCAAGGCUGCCCAAGACCAGAUUGCAAAGGGAGGAUACUCGAUCACGCUUGAACCGAGUUCAGGGGUUGACACGCCUUGGUUUACCAGAGGCACCGUGGAGAGAUUUGUGCGCUUUGUUAGUACUCCGGAGGUGCUUGAGCGUGUCACGACCGUAGAGUCUGAGAUCUUGCAGCUCGAGGAUGCCAUCGCUGUCCAGAGCAAUGAUAGUCUUGGCUUAAGAUCUGUAGAAGACCAUGGAGGGAAAUUGACGGAAAGCAAUGAAGGUAACCGCACAAAAUAUGAUAUGGAUGCAGAUAAGGCGAUUGUUCUCUACAAGCCUGAAUCAGAGUCUACGCCACCAAUGCAGGAUGAGACUACAGUGCAUGAGGAGAAUUCAAAAGUUCAGUUACUCAGAGUACUUGAAACCCGUAAAAAUGUCUUGCGGAAAGAGCAGGCUAUGGCUUUUGCUCGUUCUGUGGCAGCUGGAUUUGACAUUGACAGCUUAGGUUACUUGAUUGCAUUUGCAGAGCGCUUUGGUGCUUCACGUUUGAUGAGGGCAUGCUCACAGUUCAUUGAACUGUGGAAGCAAAAGCAUGAGACAGGACAAUGGAUUGAAGUUGAACCUGAAGCAAUGUCUAUACGCUCUGAAUUUCCUCCCUUUAAUCCAUCAGGCAUUAUGUUUAUGGGGGACAGCGCUACCAAUGGUGAAGCCAAUGGUGAGGAUGCUGCUAAAGCUGAUCAAAAAUCCGCUCAGCAGGUAGGGUAUCAGGCGGCAUAUCCCCCAUGGGCAAUGCAUCCUCCAUCUGGUGCAGCUGUUUACCCACCUUAUCAUAUGCAAGGCAUGCCAUACUAUCCUGGAGCGAAUCCGUACUACCCUCCAUAUCCUCCUGCGGAUGACCCAAGACAUCACUACUCGGGAAGGAGAUCAUCGAGGAAGCACUCAUCAGACAGUAAGGACUCGGAAACACUGGAGGAUGGAAGUGAUCAUAGCAGUUCAGAAAAUGAGAGUACUCAUGGACGCAAGUCACAUAAGAAGGGUAAGCGCUCAGGGAAGAAGAAACCUAGUAUAGUUGUUAUCCGGAAUGUAAAUGUAACAUCAAAAAAGCAUGGUUCAUCAGAGAGUGAGUCACAGUCAAGUUCUGAUGCUGGGUCUGAGGACAGCGAUGAUUCACACACUAAGUCAAGAGACGGGAAGCAUAAGAGCUCAAGUUCAAAGAAAAACGGUGGUAGGAAAACUGCUAUGGGCUCUGGAGACGAUGGAGCAUCUUUUGGCCAAGAUGCUGACCAAGGAAACUGGAGUUCAUUCCAAAAUUUCUUGCUAAAAGCAGAAGAAAAAACAAGAUCUAAUGAUGCUGAACUAUUUUCUGGUGAAAGAGAGCCCCCGUCAAGCAGAAAAAAGAAUGUAAAUACUGCUGAUCCUAUUCUUUUAACUGGGCGAGACUCUGGUAAUUUCCAUGAACUAGGGGCAGUAGGCUUUGAGUCGUCGAAUGGGAGGACUAGAGCUAUGCGAGUUCUGUCUAAUGAUGAACUAGUGAUGUCGGGGGAAGGGAGAAGCUAUAUGAAUGGUGAAAUGAAGGAGAUAGAAGCUGGUGGUGGAGCAUACAGGAGUGGGACAAGUGACGACUUCAUGGUCUAUGGUCAGGGCAGGCAAAUAGACAGGAGGAGUUCGUUGGAUCCUCUUGCAGAAGCCAGGUAUAGGAGUCCCACUCAGGUGGACAAGAACGUGCAUGGUGUGGCUGAUGAGUCGUUUAUGAUUCCUGUUAGAUCCAACUCACAAGAUAACCAUGGACCAGAAAACAGAACUGCUAUUGACAUAGAUGUUGAGCUUCCAUAUAGCAUCCAGAAGACACCAGACAGGAAAUCUGAAACUAAACUUUUCUAUGAGCCAGACCAGUUGAUCCCAGAUCGUGGAUUUGACAAUGCUUCAUUUGGAUAUGACCCAUCAAUGGAUUAUGAUAGCCACAUGCAGAUCCAGACAAUUGUUAAGGUCGAAGACACAAAUGCAGAGGAUGUUUCACAUGGUAUAGAUAGUGACGCAAAGAAGCCUGAGAAACAGAAGCUAAAGAAUGCAAAGGACGGUUUGGAUAAAAGAAAGAAGGAGGCCUUGCUGAGGAGACUUUCAGCUCCAAAGACUCCACUAAAUGAUGCACAAAAGCGUGCACAGAACCUGCGAGCAUAUAAAGCGGACCUUCUGAAACUGAAGAAAGAGCAGGAAGACGAGCAAAUGAAGCGUUUGGAGAGGCUUAAAUUAGAGAGGCAGAAGAGGAUCGCUACAAGAAGUGGGAAAGAUUCUACAAAUGCAAGCAGAGAGCACACAAAUGGCCUGAGUAAAUCAGCUCCAUCAUUUACUGGUGCGAAGAAAGAGAAAAGUGGCGGGACAACCGAGCCAUUGGGUGAGCGACUGAAGAGGCUUGCUGAGCCCAAAAGCUUUGCUGGGACAGACCAUCCUUCGAAUCCGAAGUCGAUCACCACAGACCACUCACGGAGGAGAAGCCUGGCAUGAGUUAAACUCCAUGGGUAACAUCUUGUAUCUGUCAUUUAUUCAGCCUGGUAACCCCAUGCUCGAACCAAGGAGCAGAUCUAUGCAACAUUUUGUACAGGAAAAGGGUGGUGUUUCCAAGAUUGGUGAUGGAAAGGGAGCUUUCUUACAGUGGCCUGAUAUUGUACUUUUGAAUUGGCAUGAUUAUAUUCAUUCUUUGAUUGAACCUGAACGUGCCUUGUAAUAACUCUGAAUCUAUUUUUGUUGAUAAUAUGCUAUAUUGUCUAUGUA